AUGUUUUUCAUUGUGCAUAUCAUCUACAUCACUCUAUUGUAUCCUGUAAUUACUUCGUUACAAAUUAAUUUAGCUUUCACUAAUCAAUUAAAUGAUAGUAAAAAUAACAUCAAAUAUCAACAUAAUUGUUUAUAUGGUGAUGCGUCUAUCAGCCGUCAAAAUGGUCCUUAUGAAAUUAUUGCAUAUUGUGCAGAUGAAUCAUUACUGAAGUGGAAAAUUCAGCCGAAUAGUGAAGAACAACGAUUUACUUUUGAAGAGCUUCGACGACAAAAUAUUACAAGUCACCAAUUAUAUCUUUGGUCAGCACUAGGGGUGCAUCAGCUCCAGCUCAAAAGUUCAGCUGAGCUGAGCGAAAAAGCUGUUCGAACGUUCUUUCGUGAAACACAGUUUUUCUACAAUUGUACAUUACCUUAUUUCGGUCCAUUAUGUCAAUAUACAUUUGAUGAAUACGAACCAUAUUGUACAUCAUUGAAUGAGAUCAUUCAUAAUUCUUAUCUAUUCACGUAUCAAUCCGAUACAUUCACAUGUUAUAUCCAUUUAAAAUGUAAUCGAGGUCCACUUCCAAUAUGUCUUGAUUGGACUGAGAUUUGUAAUGAAAUUAAUGAAUGUCAAGCAAAUGAAUAUCGUUGCCAAAAUGGACAAUGUAUUCCAGAAGACUUCUUUCGUGAUGAUAUUUAUAUCCCGGAUUGUUUCGAUACAUCUGAUGAAAACUUUCAACAAAAUUCGACGUAUACAUAUUGUACUACAACUGAACCAACAUUUGGUUGUGAAGACGUAGCAUGUGUGAUUCCUAAUAUUAUUGACCCUCUACGUUCUUUGACAAGCUCAUGUCUAGUUCGACGAUAUGAUUUUAUUAAGGAGCAAAUUUUAAUAAAGCCGAACUCAACAUCCGAAUUUUGUUGGUCACUAUUCAAGUGCUUUAUUAAUGUACCGACUAUUAUAGAAAAUGAAGAAUGCGAUAAAUUUUGCAGAAAGCCCAAUUGCAAUGAAUUACUUAGACAAAAUUGUAAUCAGAAUUUUUACAUACCCACCGAAUCGAAUCUAUUGGGUGGAUUAUAUUUAACAUAUGUAACAGAAAAAAUGUCCUACUCAUCGCUCAACCCAGCGUCUCCCAUUUAUGUGUGCGUAAAGGAUAGGUUUUGCGAUAAAAUGUUGUUACUUGGCAAAAUUCCAUUCGAUAAGAACAUCAGCUGUUACCUAUUGGAACAUUUUCUUCCAUCUUAUAAUCCACAGUAUAGUUAUUCUCCACUUCAAUUGAUUGAGAAAUUCAUGUUGUUAGAUUGGGCAUGUUAUUCAAUCAUUAAUAAUGGGUCUGAACUUUGUGAAAAGCCUAACAUGUACCAAUGUAUCAACAUGUCGAAGUGCAUAUCAAGAUAUCGUCUUAACGAUCAAAUUAUUGAUUGUCUUUAUGGUGAUGAUGAAUUCUUCAAUUUACCUAGAGAUGAUCAAGUGGUAUCACAAUUUGGAAAAUGUUUUACCUGUUCCCAACGAAAUGUAUGUAUCCCUUAUCGUUUAGUUAAAGAUGGCGUUUGUGAUUGUGGAGAAGAAUUUCAAACGCUUUGUGAAGACGAAAAUCCAGAACUUAUCGAUGUGAAGAAGAACAUUUCAUUUCAGAACUGUUUGAAUGGUUUUGACGAAAUCGAUUGUAAUCCGACGCCUUUAUUAAAUUGUUCGUCGAAGCAUCAUCUAUGCGUUUCGGUCGAAACGAAUCGUUUGACAUGUUUACCGCUCGAUAAAGCUGGUGAUGGCAACAUCGACUGUCUUGGUGCUACCGAUGAGCCGUCACUAUGUCAAUUCAGAGAGGAUUUAAGCAGAUGGGGCCCCUUUUAUUGUGAAGGAUAUUUUGAAACACGUUGUAUACCAAUUACAGUGUUGUGUAAUAAUUUCAAUAACUGUCUGAGCAAUGAAGAUGAACGAUUCUGUGAGAAAAAUAAUCUAACCACAUUCACCAGUAUUUGUGAGACCCCAUAUGCUUCGAUACGUUCUGAUGCUGAGAAAUUUAUAUGCGAAUAUCCUUACCAAACAGAAAGGUGGCCUAUUGUACAUUUUUCACUUGGUGAAAUUGGAAGCUCAUCAGAACCUAUACUACAUAUAGAUGACAAAACAGUAAUUCAGCAUUCGCUCAAUACACGUCGAUAUGAACAACUCUGUCAUCGUGGCCUUCACGUACGCCUUUGGUUGAACAAGAAAAAGAACUUAACAACAAUUAUAUGUCUUUGUCCACCUAGUUUUUAUGGUGAUUUGUGUCAGUACCAGAAUCAACGAGUGAGUCUUACUCUACAAUUUCGAUCAUUAUCGGAUGUCUGGCGAACCCCUUUUGCUAUAGUUAUUUCACUUAUUGAUGACAGUUAUGAACGUACGAUUCAUUCAGUUGAACAACUCAUGUAUUUACCAAUACGUGAUUGCCAAAGAAAAUUCAAUGUUUACUUACUGUAUUCAACUCGACCCAAAAAUCAAUCGAAAAAUGAUUCAAUUCAUAUUGAUUUCUAUGAGAAGAUUUCAUUGGCCUAUCGAGGCAGCUUUCUUCUAUCAAUUCCUUUUCAAUUUCUACCAAUUAAUCGUCUAGUUGUUCAACUAAAUAUAACAUAUGAUCGAGAUAUCGUCGACAGUUGCACCGAACAUCAAUGUGUUCAUGGUCAAUGCAUUAAAUAUACGAAUGUGCCAAUGAGAAUGACUUUUUGCCGAUGUCAUCAAGGAUGGUCUGGACGUUCUUGUACGAUUCCUCGUCAUUGUACAUGUUCAUCGAAUUCUUUAUGUACAGGUGUAUUGGCUAAUAAUCGAUCCAUAUGUGUUUGUCGAAUUGGUAGUUUUGGACCUCGAUGUCUUCUCAUGAAUCCCGUAUGCCAACUCAAUGGAAAUCCUACUUGUAAAAAUGGUGGCCAAUGUAUUCCUCAAGAAGAAUACGUUCACUCCGACAAGAAAUACACGUGCAUCUGUCGGAAUGGAUUCACUGGUGAGAGAUGUGAAAACCAUGAUGUAAAAAUCACGAUUUCAUUUCACAAGGAUAUUAAAUUACCAUUGACAAUACUUGUUCAUUUUAUUCAAGUGAAGAAGGGGGCUGCACAUGAACGUGCAACGACUUUCAAAACAAUCCCGCCUAAUCAAGAUUCGGUCAGUCUAUAUUGGUCACAUCCAUUUCAUAUUGUCUUUAUUGAACUUUUUAAUAAGAACUACUAUUUAACUGUUAUUCAACGAUUAUAUCAGCGAUCGUUAGUUAUUAACAAGAGAAUCAACUCAAAAGAUCGAUGUAAGCAUAUUAGUGAGUUAUUCAAUGAGACUAUGGUUCAAUUACAUCUUGUUCGUCGUAUUAAAUAUUAUCAUUUGCCAUGUCAACAAAAACUUUCUGUUAAUUUAUCUUGUUUCUACGAUGAUGUUCAUCUUUGUUUAUGUGAAAAUGAUGGUCAUCAACGCUCGGCUAAUUGUUUUAAAUUCGAGCAUGAUAUGAAAUUGGAUUGUUGA